AUGGCGCGGGGCCGGGCGGCGCGGUGCGGGCGCUGCGGGCGCUGCGGGCGGCGCGCGCUCCUGGCCGCGGCCGCGUGGACGGCGGGCUGGGUGCUGGCGGCCGCGCUGCUGCUCCGCGCGCGCCCCGGCGUCCUCUCCGAGCGCUGCUCCGACGAGAAGGGCCGGCGCAUCCUGGACGCGCUGUGCGGGGACUACCGCGGCGGCUGGCUGGCGGGCUCGCUGUGCGCGGACCUGUGCGAGGCGGGGCGGCUGCGGUUCGAGCGCUGCCUGUCGUCGGAGCGCGGGAAGAAGGUGCUGCAGGCGCGGUGGCGCGGGCGGCCCGUGGUGCUCAAGUCCACGCGCGCGGCCUUCUCCAGCUUCCCGGCGCUGGGCGCGCUGGGCGCGGACGCGGCGGGGCGCGGCGGCCCGGGCGGCGCCUCGGCCGAGCUGCUCCUGCGGGUGGCGGGCGAGGUGCGCGGCGCCCUGGGCCUGCCGCCGUCGGCGGGGCGCGCGGGGCGGCGCGGGGGGCGGGCGGCCCGGCGGGGCGGCCGGGGCCCCGGCUGGCGGCGGCAGCUGGCCAGCGCCUGGUCGCUGCUGCAGCAGGAGGAGUUCGUGUACCUGAGCCUGCUGCAGGGCCUCAGCCGCCACGUGCUGCCCGUGCUCGGCUCCUGCGGCCACUUCUACGCCGUCGAGUUCCUGGCGCCCUUCCCGCUGGGCGCCGCCGGACCCCCGGGGGCGCGGGCCCGGGCCGCCGGCCGCAUCGCCCUCAGCUUCCUCGACAUGGUGGGCCACCUUACCGCGACCUUCGCCCACCGCCUCCACCUCUGCGACAUCAAGCCCGAGAACUUCGCCGUCAGGAGCGACUUCACGGUGGUGGCCAUCGAUGUGGACAUGGCCUUCUUUGAACCUAAGAUGAGGGAGAUCCUCGGGCAAAACUGCACCCGAGACGAAGACUGCAACUUCUUCGACUGUUUCUCGAGGUGUGACUUGCGAGUGAACAAGUGCGGAGCCCAGCGUGUCAACAGCAACCUACAGGUCAUCUGUGACAAGAUCUUUCGCGGGUGGUUCCCCUCCACGCUGCGGAGUCCCGUCAUCUCGGCCCAGCUGCAGCUGCAGCUCCGGCAGGCGGUGCAGGAGUGCGCGGACCCAGGCAGCCCCCCCGGGCCCUCCCGGGGAGCGGCCCCCGCCGUGUUCUGGAAGCUUCGGUGGCUUCUCCAGGCCGUCCUGAGGGAGCUGCGGGAAGCCGAGAAGUAG